AUGUUCCCCCAACUGGAUGACCGUCUACCCUCCGAAUGGGCCCCUUUACAUCCAUACACCCCCUCGGAUUCCACCGAUCCAGCUGCUUUUCCGUCACCCCUAGGUGCAGCUAGUUGGGGCCACGAUGGUUUUUCCCAUGAUCCGGGCUUCCUGGCAUCGCAGGAAGAGCUGCGAUGUAUGCUUUUCAACAUAGCCCAGUCCGCUGCUCCGACCCGCGCACCAAGCCCCGAAAGUCAUAUCUUACGCGAAUUUGAGAUACCGGCCCGCCCUGUCUUGUCGAACCCCCGUCGCGUUGAAUACUUGAAGAACUAUGUUGGGCAGGUAGCUCCCUGGCUCGAUAUGUUCGAUUCGCAGUGCACGUUCCGCGUCCAAAUUCCCGCGCUCGCUCGAUCGUUUCCCGCGCUGUUGAACGCGAUUCUUGCCAUAUCCGCCCGACAAAUGGAAAGGAAGGAGGGUAUACAAGACUCAUUCGAUAGUCUUGAACUAUACCAGGAAGCGAUUCGUCUGCUUAGCCCGCUUCUCCAAAUGCGCGACCCGAAGGUGGUUGCGGCCUGCGUGCUGCUCUGCUGCCUCGAAAUGAUGUCCGCCCGCGCGCAAGAUUGGCAGCGCCAUUUGGAGGGGUGUGCUGCGCUUUUCGACGCUUUCGAGAUGAACGGCUUCAGCAGUGAUAUUCUGCAAGCAGUUUUCUGGUGCUAUGCGCGCAUGGAUCUUUGCGGCGCUCUAAUCUCUGAUGGAACCCAGAGCACUCUUCUUCGACCCAGCAAAUGGCUUGCGCCCGGAUGCCGCGAGGAGGAUGCCGCUCAAUUAUUCCAGGCUGCGCAAUCCCCGGACAUGCACGCUAACUACGCGGUCUACCUCUGUGCGAAGGCGUGUGAGCUCGUUGCCGAUCGCACACAAUUCAUGGAGCUUGGGGUGAAGAAUGAAUGUACAGGGGAGGUUUUCAGUCGCCGUUGGCUCCGGCUAUGGGACGAUCUGCAGCAUUGGCUUGACAGUCGACCUCCGGAAUUAUUGCCUGUCCAUACCACCACGACCAAACCCUUUCCUCAUAUUCUGUUCUUACACUGGGCUGCCAUAUCGUCAAACCAACUUCACCAUACGGCGUGUAUUCUGCUGCUAAAUAUGAUGCCCAAGUCAAUUAGCCUACCAUCCACACCUGCCAUCUCCGCGCUGUGGCAUGCAAGACGCAUCUGCGGGAUCUCGCUGGCCAACCCUCACCAGGGUUGCUUGAACAAUGCGAUACAGCCAUUGUGGAUUGCUGGUCGGCUUUUCAGUCACAUGUCAGAGCACGCCAUCAUUGUCGACGUGAUCCGGCAUAUAGAGGCUGAGACCGGAUGGGGGGCUUGCUGGCGGAUUCGAGAUCUGGAGCUUGCAUGGGGGUAUCCGGCAUCGCGCUCCGAUCGCGCGACAAGGUCCCGAUUCCCCAUCGCUGGGUGA